AUGAAGUUUUUGAGUUGGAACUGUCAAGGUGUUGGGAGGCCUUUGACAGUUCGUUUUCUAUCUCAGCUCUCCGGUGUUGAUAGGCCGGAUGUUGUAUUUCUUAUGGAGACCAAAUGCAAGCGGCCCCGGCUGGAAAUUAUCAGGCGUCGUUUACAUAUGGAUCAUCUAUUUACUGUUGAACUGAUUGGUUUAUCUGGUGGCCUAGCAUUGCUUUGGCGAAACCCAAUUGUUAUUGAUAUCUUAUCUUCCUCUCCACGUAUUUUGGAUGUUACAGUCACUGAUAUGGUAGCUAAUUCUUAUUUUGUGAGUUGUGUUUAUGGAGACCCUAUCAGGGCUUUAAGGCCGCAGGUUCGUUUAGACCGUGCAUUAUGUAACCAUGCUUGGAGGAUGAAAUUUGAAGAAGUUUUUGUCACAACUAAGACAAGUAUUGGGUCUGAUCACACACCUCUUUUUAUUAACACGGAUGGACGACGUUUUGGAGGAAAACGGCCCUUUCGUUUUGAGUCCAUUUGGUUUAAACACCCUGAUUGUCCACUUGUUGCUAGUGCUGCUUGGUCUUCUACUGUUUCAGGCUCUCCAUCCUCUAUUUUGGAUCAGAAGCUAAAUGCAUGUAGACAUGACUAUAUUCGGUGGAAUAAGGAGGUAUUUGGUCAUGUUCAAAGUCAGAUCUCUAAUCUCACUUCUGAGAUCGCUGGAUUACAAAGUGUGCCUUUAACUGAUGUUAUUAAUUCUGAGCUUCAAUCUCUCAAGCGCUCGCUUGAUGAUGCUCUUGCUAAUGAAGAGGAGUUAUGGAGGCAAAAGUCUAGGAUCUCUUGGUUGAAAGAAGGAGACAAGAACACUGCCUUUCAUUCAGAGAGUAUUGACUUGUCUUCUCUUGACACUGUUUUAGAUUCGGUUGAUUCUUGUGUUUCACAUGAUACAAAUGUCAUGCUAUGUGCGGCCCCUUCUUUAGAUGAGAUGCCAGAUGCACUGUUUGCUAUGAGCCCGCUCAAGUCACCUAGUAUUGAUGGUUUCCCACCAGCUUUUUUCCAGAAGUACUGGGAUAUAAUAAAGGAUGAUCUCUAUUUAUUUGUAACAUCUUUCUUUGAAACUGGUGUUAUGUCUUCCAGGGCCAUCUCUGAUAAUGUUUUGAUUGCUCAUGAGCUCUUCCAUUACAUUAAUAAAAUGAAGAAGGGUAAGAAGAAAUUGGUAGCUUUGAAACUUGACAUGAAAAAAGCAUAUGAUAGGUUGGAAUGGCCUUUCAUUAAACAUAUGCUGCUGAAGAUGGGUUUUUCAACACAUUGGGUUAAUAUGGUUAUGGCUUGUGUAUCAUCGGUUACCUAUCAAAUUCUUAUCAAUGGAGAACCAAGGGGUACUAUUAUCCCUUCUCGGGGUAUUCGUCAAGGAGAUCCUUUAUCACUAGCCUUGUUUAUUCUGUGCUCACAUGCUUUGAGCUGUUUGCUUAUAAAGGCUAAAACUACAGGGAAUAUUAAAGGCAUAAGGGUUCGUAAUCGAGCCCCACUGAUUACUCAUCUUUUGUUUACUGACGAUAGUCUCCUUUUUGUUGAGGGUAAGGUAGAUGAGUUGUAUACUUUGAAGCCCUAUUUGGCUACUUAUUGUCAAGCAUCUGGCCAUGAGAUUAAUUUGAAGAAGUCCUGUAUGACCUUUUCACCAAAUACACAUCCUCGUAUUAAGAGGUGGUAUUCAAGGAUAAUGAAGGUGCCAUAUGGAUCUGGACCAAAGAAGUAUUUGGGUCUCCCUACAGAUUUUGGUGUUUCAAAGGCAACCUUAUUCCAAGAUCUCUCCAAGAAGGUGCAUCAAAGGGUUGAAGGUUGGAAGUCUAAGCUUCUCUCACAUGCUGGUAAGGAGGUUUUAAUGAAAUCUGUGGUAUUUUCUAUGUCGCACUAUGCAUGUAUGCAUUUCAAACUUCCAGCCUCAAAUCAUAAAUCCUUGCGUCAAAUGGCUUCUAAUUUUUAUUGGGGUGACACUGAUGGGCGGCCAAAGAUGCAUUGGAUCUCUUGGGAGCGACUUUGUCUUUCAAAGGAGAAUGGUGGUUUGGGGUUUCGUGAUCCCUCUCUUCUUAACAGUGCUUUUUUAUCAAAGGCGGCAUGGAGAUUAUGCAUCAUGUGGGCAGCAUCCAAGUUGGGGUUGGAGAAGCCUUAUGGAAGGAAAAAGGGUGUUGAUUGGUGGUUUAUGUUGGAGUAUUGGAAAGGUACUCAAGUGGAUAUUUGGUCUGAUGCCUGGAUUCCUACUUCUAGUGAUUAUAAGGUAACCUCUCCUAAUCCAAAUGUACUUUGGUUAAGGAAAGUUGCAGACCUUAUUGAUCAAGCUAUACAUACUUGGCGUAGAGAUGUGCUUUCAGCCUAUUUUAAUGAUGCUGAUGUUGGGAGGAUUAUGAAUAUUAAUCUAUCCAUUUUUUACUGCCCUGAUAAGUUGGUGUGGGUAGCGAGAAAGAAUGGUGUUUUUUCAGUCCGCAGUGCCUAUCAUCUUCUCUCUAAUCUAGAGGCUGCUCGCCGUCUGACUUUUGCUACUUCAUCUAGGUUACAUUCUUGGAGUACUAUUUCUUCAACUAUUUGGAAGUCAAUUUGGAAGUGCCAAACUUUGCCCAAGGUUCAACGCUUCUUAUGGCGUGCUUGUGCCCAUGGUCUUGCAACAGGAGAUGCCCUAGUGCGACGUAAUGUUCAUGCAGAUCCACUAUGUGUUCGGUGUGGGGAAUGUGAGACCAUUUCUCAAGUUCUUUUGGGUUGUUCCUAUGCUCGUGCGGUGUGGUUUGGUAGUCCACUUGGUUCUAACUAUUUAUUGAAUGCUAAUCUGGAUUUUUCAGAUUGGGUAUCUGCAUGGAAAUCAUUCUCCACUUUGGGUAAGAAGGAAUCCAAAUCAUUGAUUACUCUAUAUAGCUUUUUUUGUUGGCACAUAUGGCUAUCUAGGAAUGAUUUGGUUUUUGGACGCAAGACUUGGCAGCCUAAUGAAGUUAUUUCAGCAGCAUUGAGGGCAUUCCAUGAGUAUAGUGCUGUACAUAUGGCUGGCCUAUCUACUUCUGCAACACCUGUUGCAUCACCACCCCAAUGGGUAGCGCCUAUAGUAGGUACGGUGAAAUGCAAUUGUGAUGCUAGUUUUUUAGCAUCUUUGGACAGAGCAGGUGUGGGUUUUUUAUGUAGGGACCACAACGGUUUGUCACUUAAAGCUUUCUCGUGUCCAUCUUCUUUCUCGGACAUUAUGGUUGGUGAAGCUCUUGCUGUUUGGCUGGCGAUGCAAGAGAUGGUUGCAAAUGAUUUUGAGAGGGUUGUUAUUGAGUCUGAUAGUAAGAGUCUUAUUACCUACAUCGAGAAUGGUGGCGGUGCGGCUCCUUUCCAUGUUAAGACUCUAGUGGACGAUAUCAUUUACCUUUCUUUAUCUUUUGUAUCUUGUAGUUUUGGUUGUAUUUCACGGGAGAUUAACAGCGUUGCUGACUCCUUGGCUAGGAGGGCUUUGUCGUUAACAUGCACAACUAAAUGGCCCCUAUCCUCUCCAUGGUUGUGUGAGUUGUGUUCCUCACUGCCUCCAUGA